AUGGAUCUCGCAAAGAAGAUCCAAUACUUCACCCUGGAUGUCAUUAGCACUGUUGGUCUAGGAAAGUCGUUCGGGAUGCUCAAAGAAGACCGCGACGUAGACGACUAUAUCAAGUCUAGUGAGGAGGGUCUGCAUAUUGUCAACUUCAGCGUUGGUGUAGGUAUCAGUUGGAUAUUACAGACCCCAUGGGUGGCUAAACUUGUCGGCCCUUCGCCAAAGGACGCGAAGGGAUACGGAAAGAUGAUUGGUACAGCAUACCGCUAUGUCGACGAGCGAGCGGCUAAGCCAAUUGAUGCAAGAUCAGAUAUGCUGGCUUCAUUCAUGCGUCACGGGCUGAAUGGGGAAGAACUACGAUCCGAAGCACUCGAACAGGUCCUGGCAGGAUCGGAUACUACAGCUUCGGGUAUUAGAGGAAUUCUCCUCUACUUAAUUUCCAAUCCCAUUGUCUACGGAAAGCUCCAGAGCGAGAUUGAUGAUGCGAUCAAAAUCGGCAAUGCCCCAGCAUCUCCUGAAAUCAUAUCCUUAGCUCAGGCAGCUAAACUGCCAUAUCUGCAAGCUGUUAUCAGAGAAGGAGGCGAUACAUUCGUCAUCGACGGUCGCUCGUACUUCAUUCCCGGCGGCACCGAGAUCGGAUACUCAGCAGUCUCGAUGCACCACGAUAAGGGUCUGUAUGGAGAUGAUGCGGAGCACUUCAAACCAGAGCGCUGGCUCACUGGCGAUAAAGAGAAGCUCGCGGCUAUGAUUCGUUCGAAUGAACUUGUCUUUGGGCAUGGCAAAUUCCACUGCCUUGGGAAGCCCGUUGCACAACUUGAAUUGAACAAAAUUAUCUUCGAGUUACUACGCAACUUCAACUGGGGUCUCGCGAACCCAGAGAAACCUUGGAGAAUAUACAAUGCCAUGGGUUUGUUCAUGACGAACGAUAUGUGGGUAUACGUCACAGAGCGAUAG